AUGACUAUUGAAGCAGAUACUUUCCCCAUAGGCUACUUUUAUAUCAUCUCCAAAAUGAAUGGAUUGGCUUUGGAUAUUGACCUUUCUGAAGGUCCCGCCAAGGCUGGUGCUAAGCUUGUCACUGCUACCAAAAAGGAAGAUAAACUUGAAAGAGACUCCCAACUUUGGAUUCACCAAAAUGGUUUCUUGACCAACAAAUCUGUUGGUUUAGUCAUGGACAUUGGCAAAUCAAAAAAGUUUAUUGACAUCUUUACUGGCCAUGAUCAUUUAUACGUUGACACUAUGAAGCACGAAGAGAGUGCUAAUGAUCAGCGCUUUGGAUACUCCAGUGAACAUGGACAUAUCUACACCUUGUCAGACGCCAAUGAUGUCGUUGACAUCCGCAAGAAGAAUCCUGAAGUUGGAGCUACCAUCAUGAUUUACAAGAAGGCUGAAGUCGUGGAAGAGGGCAUCAACCAACUCUGGGAUCUUCAACUCGCAGAUCCACCCAAGCAAAUUGAUUCUUCCGAUGACGAGGAUGAUGACAACAAGAGCGCUCGUUUAAGUGCUUGGUUUGGUAGCUGGUGGGGCUGGGGAGACGAUGACAAAAACGACGUCUUGAGAGAGAAGGAGCUGGAGAAGGCUCACAAGAAGGUUUAUGAAAAGAAAAAGUCCAACUUGACUUACGAAGUGAUUGCUGGUGCUGUUGCAGCUGAGGCCGUGAAGCAAAUCAUUGCAAAGCAAGAGCAAGAAGGUCAAACUGUUCAUUUCAAAGGCGCUAAGCAAGCAGUCGCUGCAUAUGCUGCCAAGGAAAUGGUUCAAAUGCUUAUGGAGAGAGGUACCGAUGAUGACGACGCUGACGAUGACGAAGAAACCAAAGAAAAGAAGCAAACUAUGCUCCAAAAAAUGGCAGAGAAGGCCGCCGUUAACUACUACGAAUCUAAAUGCAAAUAA